AUGGAAGAAUCGUUGGAUGAUCGAAUUACUGCGAUCGAACGUGUGAUGGGUAUCGAUGAUUACUCUGAUGUGAAAACGGAGGACUUCGAUGUGGACUCUUUACUGGAAAGGAUGAAGAACUUAGGUUUGGGUCGCGUAAUGAAAAUCCCGCUAUCCAAAUUGAAGAGCUUAAAGAGCCUCAACAAUAGGGUGGUUCUGCAGACGGACAAAAUAAGCAUAGCCGCUCAGCAAGAAGAGCAGCUGGAAGCCCUUGAAUUGGACAUCCAGAGAGGCUUGGACGAAUGGAAAAAAUAUACUUUGGAGUUAGAAGAAUUUAAGCUGGAAUACUUCUCUGUCGUGGCUGGUUUACAGGAGCGUGUGGAGGAAUUGGAUAGCAUGAUUACGGCUAUCGAGCAAGAUUCGGAGGCUUAG